AGAAGGUAAAACCAACAAAAGCGACAACAACAACAACAACCAAACCAACAACCAUCUAUCAUAACGUAACGAGAACCAUAAGCAAUACAAACUAGUGCUGUUAAAACAAAAAAGAAAAGAAAACCCAAAAAACCAACUACUAAUUUAGAGGCCUGACUAAGACAUACAAACACACACACACACACACAAUAUAUAUAUAUAUAUAUAUACAUAUAAAAUACCUGUGUCCCAAAACCUACUUAUAACCCACCAGACUAAAGUUGAAACUAGUGAAAAGUUCUUCUACUAACUCCUUAAACCCUCCCCCUAACCUCCUUCUCCUCCUGCCCUGUCCCUAGACGAUGACAGAGUGACUAGGUCCUAACACACACACAAACACACGCCUUUUACAUAUAUAUACAACGAAAAGCAAUUAUUUUUGGUUCAUGUGUGUUGGUUAAUGCCAAAAAAUCGAAACGGAAGUUGCACCCACUCUAACAUACACACACACACACACACACACACGAACCCGAACACCUACACACCUACACACACACAGACACGUACAUGGGUCUAACAUCAUGCCCAUGACAAGGUUAAGAAUUGCAUCAGGCCUGGCGGGGCGUCGUGUUCAAUGGCAAUAACAACAACAACAACAGCAAACAAAAUAAUAACAACAACAACAACAAUAACUACAGCUGCACCAAUUGCAGCAAUCAUAAAAAAAAACCCUACAACAACAACAAACAUAUAUAUAACCUCACAAAGUUAGCCAGACGACAACGAGGACGGCAACGUCAGCAGCGCAAAGCGUCAGCUCAAAGCGUCAGUAAGCAGCGUGUGUAACGGUAACUCUGUUGCCGAUAAAAAAUUCUACACACACACAUCUCCAACCAACAAACCCCAAAAAAAAAAGCGCAAAAAUUCCACCGUUAUCCAAAUGAAGCGCUGCUGCUGGUGGUGGUGGUAGAUACAAAAAAUGCACGUUAAACACACACAGCGCCGUGUCAGCGGUCCUGGAGCAUUUGGAACAUUUACCAACGACCAACGCGCUAGCCGAGACAACUUGUGCCCCGACGACCAUCAUCAGCGACAGCAUUCGCAUUCGCAUCAGCAUUUGGUGCGCCAGUCUCUGAUCAGCCUCAGUUACGCACAGGCGUCGCCGGCCACGCCGGCACCCCCAGCAGCAGUUCCUGCACCUGCCCUCCAUUCGCAUUCGUCGACCACAUCGACCAGUCCCAGUCCCCAGGCGGCGGACCAACAGAGCUGCAGCAGCAGCAGUGUCGGUGUUGCAGCCCGCAUCCAGGCAGCCGCCCGCCAGUCCAUCUCCUGCAGCUGUGAGUCAUUGAAGAGCAAGGUCAAGGUUUUGGGGCGACGCGGCGAUAGCGAUAGUGUCUCGCUGCUAAGAGGAACAGGUUCCGGUUCGGGAGGCGGCGGCAGUGGCAGUGGCGUCGGCAUCGGCAUCGGCAUCGGCGUCGGUGAUGAGGAUCAUCAGCGUCAACGCAGCACAAGCAGUCGUCUGUCCAGUGGCAUAUCCAAGCAAAAUUCCAGCGAUAGCCGCCACAGUCCGAGCAGCCAUUCGGCCCUUUACGAUGCAUGUCAUGAAUAUACCCGCAGUUUAAGUGCAGCCCCAGCAGCAGAAGGAGCGGCAGCAGCUGGUGACUCUGAUUCCGCCUUGCUAUUGAAAAGUCAUUUCAGUGAACAACAAUUGGCCGAGCGUACCAAUUUAAAUCUUAACUUGAGCAGCGAAUACGAUAACGAUAAACAGCAAUUGGUCAAUGAGACAUACAUCUUCAAGUGCAUAGCGAAUAGUCCAUCGUUCUUGCGCACCAAUAAGAUCAAGGAACAGUCGAAGAAACUACGCAAUCUAUCGCUAAAGACACGUACGGCCAAAAAGAAGGGUCACCAGAUCAUAUCAAAAUCAAACGCCGUGUCGGAUAAUUCAUUGAAUCCGGGUGAUAAAUAUCUCAAUUUGUAUCUGGUGGAGAAGAAGCAUUCGUUGCAGUCUAGCAGUACACCAAAUCCUCAAAUUGGUUCGGUAUCUGCUCCAGCCAGUUCCUCAUCAUCAUCGACAGGGAGACAACAACAGCAGCAACAGCAACAGCAGCAACAACAAUUGCCAGCCCUAUCCGCCGUUGCGGCACGCCAGCAACAGUUGCUCUUGAACGGCUCACUGAAAAGCAAAACGAAAACCUUUCCCUCAUACAGAGCUUCGGUGAGGAGCGAAAGUGACGGCGGCAAGGAUUAUAGGGCCGCCACCAUUCCAACAACGGGCAAAAGUCCACCUCCGCCGGUGCCGCAAUCGCUGGCGGCCAAAAUUUCUGGCAGCGGCAAACACGCCGGCAAUAAACUCAGUGUCAGUAGUAACUCGUGCAAUAAGCUUCAUGCACAGGGUCAUUAUUCAGCCGCAGCAGCCUCGUCACCCAAGAGUUCCGUAUCCAGCAACGGUCAUCUCAAUAAAUACUGCCUGACCGAUCUGACGCGACGCAAGGCCGAAUUCAAUCGACAAUUGAGCGCCCCUACAGACUAUACCCAUCACUCGUCUAGCAACGGUUCACAGCAGGAGGGCUCCGAGGCGGCCAAUGAGGCAGUUGGCGAAUCAACCAUCACAGUAGCUAGUGCAGGAGUAUUAGGACAUCAUACAAGCCACCACACGGGAAGCCAUCCCUAUCAUCAACAGCAACAGCAACAACUUCCUCACCAUCAACAACAUCACCAGCAUCAUCAUCAUCAUCAUCAUCUUCAGCAUCAGACAUCGGCCACAGCACCGGCUACCCUAAAACUACACAAUCUUGGCGGUGGUGUGCAGCAUUCGUAUCCGUAUCCAACGCGUCCCACGUCCACAUCGUGCACGAAUAGCUUCAAUAGACGUCACAUACGCAGGCACAAGAGCAAGCUCGGCGAGAGAUUACUUAGCGGCGAUAGUGAAGAAUCUGUACGUUGCUCAUAUUGCUCCGUAUUGAAUGUGAAUGAGAACGAUUUACGUAUAUCCUUUGAGAACACCUGCACCGAUUCGCUGGUCACCGCUUUUGAUGAUGAGGCACUGUUAAUAUGCGACCAAGGAACCGAAAUGGUACACUUUGAUGACGUGUCGUUGUACGGCACUCCGAAAGAGGAGCCCAUGCCCAAUAUACCUAUCGUGUCCGAGAAGGUCUCUGCUAAUUUCCUAAAAAGUCAAUUGCAAUCAUGGUUCCAGCCGACAGACAAUCGUCUGGCCAUGAAAUUAUUUGGCAGCCGCAAGGCAUUGGUCAAAGAGCGCAUACGUCAGAAAACUUCCGGGCAUUGGGUAAUACACCCUUGCAGUUCAUUCAGGUUUUACUGGGACCUUUGCAUGCUUUUAUUAUUAGUAGCAAAUCUUAUUAUCCUGCCAGUCGCAAUAUCAUUCUUCAACGAUGAUCUAAGCACACGAUGGAUUGCCUUCAACUGCCUAAGUGAUACUAUUUUUUUAAUAGAUAUUGUAGUCAAUUUUAGAACAGGAAUUAUGCAACAAGACAACGCUGAACAAGUAAUAUUGGAUCCAAAGCUUAUAGCUAAACACUAUUUAAGAACUUGGUUUUUUCUCGAUUUGAUUUCAUCGAUACCGCUAGAUUAUAUAUUUUUAAUUUUCAAUCAAAUUAUGAAAUUGCAGGAUUUCUCUGAUUCUUUUCAAAUCUUGCAUGCAGGACGCGCUUUGCGUAUCCUGCGCCUAGCUAAAUUACUUUCAUUAGUUCGCCUGCUGCGUCUAUCCCGCCUGGUGCGCUAUGUAUCGCAAUGGGAGGAGGUCUAUAUUCUGCAGAAUCUACAGAAAAAAAGUGCUGAUCGCAGAGGGAGAAUGCACAGAAAAGACAAAGAUGGCUUGACAAAAAGCAACCUAAUUCUCAAGUUCCUCAAUAUGGCCUCGGUUUUCAUGAGGAUCUUCAAUUUAAUUUGCAUGAUGCUCUUGAUUGGACAUUGGAGCGGUUGUCUACAGUUCUUAGUGCCAAUGUUACAGGGUUUUCCAUCGAAUUCUUGGGUAUCCAUCAAUGAAUUACAGGAAUCCUAUUGGCUAGAGCAAUAUUCCUGGGCAUUAUUCAAGGCCAUGUCGCAUAUGCUGUGCAUAGGUUACGGCAGAUUUCCUCCACAAUCCUUAACAGACAUGUGGCUAACUAUGCUAUCCAUGAUAUCGGGUGCCACAUGUUAUGCAUUGUUCCUUGGUCAUGCGACCAAUCUCAUACAGAGCUUGGACUCCAGUCGUCGGCAAUACCGUGAGAAGGUCAAACAGGUGGAAGAGUAUAUGGCCUAUCGUAAAUUGCCGCGUGAUAUGCGUCAGCGGAUUACGGAAUAUUUCGAACAUCGGUACCAGGGUAAAUUCUUCGAUGAAGAAUUAAUACUUGGCGAGUUGAGCGAGAAAUUGCGCGAGGAUGUCAUCAACUAUAAUUGCAGAUCCCUCGUGGCUUCAGUGCCUUUUUUUGCUAAUGCCGAUUCGAAUUUUGUUUCCGAUGUAGUUACCAAACUGAAAUACGAAGUUUUCCAACCAGGUGAUAUUAUCAUAAAAGAGGGCACGAUCGGUACCAAAAUGUACUUCAUACAGGAGGGCGUUGUGGACAUUGUCAUGGCCAAUGGCGAGGUGGCCACCUCGCUAUCGGAUGGCUCUUACUUUGGUGAGAUCUGUCUGCUGACCAAUGCGCGUCGUGUGGCCAGCGUGCGAGCCGAAACCUAUUGCAAUCUAUUCUCAUUGAGCGUGGAUCAUUUCAAUUGUGUAUUGGAUCAAUAUCCAUUAAUGCGCAAGACCAUGGAGACUGUGGCCGCCGAGCGGUUAAACAAGAUUGGCAAAAAUCCAAAUAUAAUGCAACAAAAGGAUGAACAAUUAAGCAAUCCAGAAUCGAAUACAAUUACGGCCGUGGUCAAUGCAUUGGCCGCUGAGGCCGAUGACUGCAAAGAUGAUAGUGACAUGGAUCUCAAGGAGAAUUUACUGCAUGGGUCAGAGUCGAGCAUUGCUGAGCCGGUGCAAACGAUACGCGAAGGUCUGCCAAGGCCAAAAAGCGGGGAGUUUCGUGCUCUUUUCGAGGGCAAUACUCCAUGACACUGAGGACACAGUUGGCCAGACAGCAAUGGACAAAGGUCAAGCAUUUGAGUGGAGCUUGACCAGCACUACCAACACAGACACACACACACACAUACACACACACACACACUACUCAAAUACACACACACAAAUACAUAACACAUGCGUAUAUAAUAAUUUAGUGAAAAAAACCCCCCCAAGAAUCAAUUUAUGGUAGACACUCUAUAUAUGCAAUUGCGAUUUAGUAGAAAAAACCAAUUAAAAAUGAAAUGAAAAAUUAAAAAAAAAAACCCCAAUUAUA